AUGAUGCUUGGAACUUCCGGCAUCUUUCUCAGCUUGCCCUCCAAUGGCCUUUUGGGUGGUGGGCCAGUGGUGGUGGGCAUUCAGUGUGAUAUAGGUGGAGGGGAUGGGACUGGCAUUCCAACUGGUGGCGGCGGGCGUAGCAAAGGAACUGGGCAUCCCAAAUUGUUGCAUGGUGGACAUACUGCUCUCAGACAUGGCUGGCAUAUUGUACAUGAGGGUAAUACUGGUUCUGGUGGCAGCACUGGUGCCAGUGGUGGCAAUGCUAUUGCAGCAUCAGCCUUAACAGCUGAACACAACCAAAAUGAAGAGCCACCCAACAACAUGGUAAGUGGUGGUGGGGUUUCUUUGGGUGGAGGGGCUGGAACUGGUGCCAGUGGUGGAGUUUCCUUAGGCGGAGGAGCUGGAACUGGAGCCAGUGGCGGUGGGGUUUCUUUGGGUGGAGGUGCUGGAACUGGUGCCGGUAGUGGAGUUACAUUGGGUGGAGGAGCUGGAACUGGAGCAGGUGGUGGUGGGGUUUCUUUGGGUAGCGGUUGUGGAACUGGUGCACGUGGUAGAGUUUUCUUGGGUGGAGGGGCUGGAGGUGGUGGAGUUUCCUUGGGUGGAGGAGCUGGAAUUGGGGCUGGUGGUGGUGGUGGUGGUGGAGAAGGAGGAGGAGGAGUUACCUUAGGGGGAGGGGCUGGAACUGGAACUGGUGGAGGUGGUGGUGGUGGGCGGCAUGGCUUACCAAUUCAAGGUGGACAAAUCCCCUUGACACAAGGUGGACUCACCUGA